AUGCCUUUUCCGGAUACCACCAUCGAACAAUGGCGGGAGUUUCCUGAGCUUUUGGAUGACCACGACCAGAUUACCAGCAGGUAUGGAACCACGGGCGUCCGUUCGCAGGGAAAGCUGAUCAUCGUCGAUACCGGCCUGCAGGCUCCCGACGGUACGCUGAUGUCCGACAUGCGAGCCAAGGGCGUCGACCCGGAGGCUGUCGACCUGGUGGUGUUCACUCACCUCCACCCCGACCACGUGGGCUGGAACCUCACUGACGGCAAGCCCAAUUUCCCCAACGCCCGUUACCUGGCGCCGCGGAAGGACUGGGACUACUGGACGCAGCCCGACGUGCUGGCCGGCGCCGCCCAUGUCCGCGACCAGGUGGUACCCCUGCAGGGUCUGGGAUUCAUCGACCUGAUCGACGACGACUACCGGAUCACGGACGAGCUCACCACGGUCUCCACGCCGGGGCAUACCCCGGGCCACGUCUCAAUCAUGAUCGCCUCGGGCGGAGAACGGGGUUACAUCCUGGGCGACGUGGCGCACAAUCCGGCCCAGGCGCAUUACACCGACUGGUGCCCCAUAUUCGACAUCCAGCCGGACCUGUCCCGGAGCACCAGGCAUUCCGUGAUGGACAUGCUGGAAAACGAGCAGAUUUUGGUCUCCGCCGGACACUAUCCCGAUCCCGGCUUCGGCCAUUUCGUCCGGGUCAACGGACGGCGCUCCUGGCGGGGCAUCUAG